AUGGCUGAUUUAGCGCCCCUUGGCCCCUGCCCAGAGGCGCCUCUGCUGCGCCGGGCCACAGGCAUGGCGAGGCUGCGCCAACGCGUGCAGGAGGGCGGCGCGGAGGAGGCGGCGGAGGCGGAUUCGCCGCCCCCCGGUUUUUCGAUUAGCCAGCUAUACGAAUUUUCUGAUGAUACCUGCCCCACGGAGGAGCUGGGUGGCGAGCACUUGGCAGUGUGCGACUGGUAUGCGGCGUGCAUCCGCCAGCUGCAGGCCGAGGUGGGCGCCGGGCAGCGCGCGGUGCAGGAUGAGCAGGCGCAGCGCCGCGCCCUGGUGCUGCAGAUCGCCAGCAUGCAGCAGGCGGCCGAUGAGGCACAGGCGCAGUGCCUGGCCCCGCAGCAGCAGGCGGCACAGGCCGCCAUGCCUGUGGCGGGCGCGGAGCAGCAGGCGGACCGUGGCCCCACCCAGCCAGGGCAGGCGGCCCAGGGGCAGGGGCCGGAGCUGGCAGGGGCGGCAGCUGGGGGCGGCGCGGGAGCCCCUGCUGGGGCCACGCCGGGGCAGCGCGCCGCGCCGGGCGAGGGGGGGCAUUGCACCUCGGCUGCCGCACACGCAGCGCUGGCCCUGGACGCGUCUCCAGCUGCCCAGGCGGCUGGGGUGCUGGAGGCGGCAGCGGCGCAGGAGCAGCAGCAGCAGCAGCAGGAGGAGGAGCAGCAGGAGGAGGAGGAGCAGCGCAUGGAGUUGCAGCAGCAGCAGCCACAGGGCGCGGCAGCAGCGGCGCCACAUGAGGCAGCGGCCAGCCCGCGGCAGGCCACGGGAUGGCUGGAGUGCGAAGGCCUGCGUCGGGAGCUGGCGGCGACAGCUCAGGAGCAGCGGCGGCUGGAGGAGCAGCUGCGUGGGUUGCAGGCGGCGGCGGCGGCGGCGCAGCAGGGCCUGGCCUCGGCGCAAGACGAGCUGGCGGGCAGGCAGCAGAGGUGGGAUGCCGCGCUGAGCAGCCACCAUGCAGCCGUGGAGCGCAUGAAGCAGGCAAUGGGCGAGGAGUCUGGGAGGCUGCAGCGAGAGGUUGCAAGUGCCCAGCGAGAGCGUGAUGAGCUGGCGGCACAGCAGCAGGCGCAGGCAGCCAGGCAUGAGGAGGCCACGGCGCGGCUGCGCGAGGUGCAGCAGCAGCUGCAGAAGGCUGAGAGUGCUGCCGCGCACACCGGCUCCCAGACCGCCGACCGCAUCCUGCAGCUGCGCCACGAGGCGGAGCAGCUGCAGCAGCAGCUGAGCGACAGCCAGGCGGCGGCAGCUGGGCGCGAGGACGAGCUGGCCAAGGAGCUGGCCAUGCAGAAGCGGCGGCACAAGCAGGCGCGGCAGCGUGCCAGGGUGGCAGAGCGGCGGGUGGAGGAGCUGGAGGCGCAGCUGACCCAAGCGCAGGUGCAGGCGGCGGCGGCGGCAGAGACUGCGGCGGGGGAUCAUGCGCCUGGCAGCCCGGACUGGGGCCCGGCCCCCGUGGGCAGCGCCAGCCCGCCGCGCGAUGCGUGUGCGGAGCACGCUGAGGUCAUUGUGGGGUGGGUGCGGCGGUGUCGGCAGCUGGAGGCUGCGCUGGAGGAGGUGCGGGGGCGGUGGGACUAUGAUGACCUGCUGGCCUUUGCGGAGCAGUGCCAUGAGGACCUGGAGGAGGAGCAGCAGCAGACGGCGGAGCUGCGGCGCCGGGUGGCGCACCUCGAGGCGCUGCUGGCGGCGCGAGCUGGGCCAGCAGAUGCGGGGCAGGGCGCAGUAACAGAGGCGGCUGGCCUGACCAGGCGCCAGAGGCGCAAGCUGAGGAGAAGGCUGAAGAAGACGCAGGACACGGCGGAGCAGCAGCAGCAGGGGCCCGUGGAGCAGCAGGGUCCCAGCAAGAAGAGGCGCGGCGGGACCUUGACACCAAUCAUGACCGUGUCGCCGCUGAAGAGGGCGGCAGAUAAGCUCACGGGCACGAGCGGCAGGGCACAGGAUGUGAGGUUCACGCGAGCGCCGGGGGGAGGGAGCUCACACUGCGACAAGGAGGGCCAUACAGUUUGGAGGGUGUCUAUGACGCUGCUGAAAGGCAUUCCGCAGUCAAGGAUGUCCAUUGGCGGCCUCAAGUCUGAGGAGGAGGCCAGAAGGAUUUAUGAUCUGCUUAACAUCGCCAGGCACGUGAUGCAUGGCCUCUCAACACACCAGGGCAGGUGA